GGUUGGACCAGUUCCUGAACUCGGCCCAUCCGCCCAAGGUUGCGAAAGCGUCACUUUGCCUUAGUCAACGAUAACUUGUUCCGUGCACGUUGCCCUGUUGCCCUUUGGCACUUUUACGCCUCUCUAACAAGUGACAUCGUCACAAGUCCUCCAGACCACCUCGCCAUUGAUCGCCGAAUCCUCUCGUGUCUGCCGCUGCGCCAGCGUCGACCUUUCCCCCCCGUCGUUUCCCUUGAUCCCCACUCGCGCCCAAACAAUCCUUACCUGGAGCGUUGGCGGAGUCGCGACAACUUGGGAAUUGUCACCAACAAUCGCCCUCGCUGCCUGCAAUCAUGGCCUCUCUGGGAGAAGAGCUCCUCCACACCGUCAACAAGCUUCAGGACUUGGUCUUCAACACCAUCGGCAAUGAUUCGUUGGAUCUGCCUCAGAUCGUUGUCGUAGGCUCACAAUCCUCUGGCAAGUCCUCCGUGCUAGAGAACAUCGUCGGCCGGGACUUCUUGCCUAGAGGGAGCGGCAUCGUAACCCGACGGCCGCUUGUGCUUCAGCUGAUCAACCUUCCCAGCGAGCGAGACGACAAGCCCGGCAACCAUGAGGUCCACGUCCCACACACGCCAGCCAGCGUUGCUGGACAGCAAGAGUGGGCCGAGUUUCAUCAUGUGCCUGGCAGGAAGUGGUACGACUUCUCAGAAGUAAAGCGCGAAAUCGAGGCCGAGACGGCCAGAAUAGCCGGAACCAAUAAAGGCAUCAACAGACAGCCCAUAAACCUCAAGAUAUAUUCUCCUCACGUGCUUAGCUUGACGCUGGUUGAUCUGCCGGGUCUGACCAAAGUGCCAAUCGGUGACCAGCCCACCGAUAUCGAGAAGCAAACGCGCAAUCUCAUCUCCGAGUACAUUGCGAAGCCCAACAGCAUUAUCCUCGCCGUCUCGCCUGCCAAUGUCGAUCUCGUCAACUCGGAAGCCCUUAAGUUGGCUCGACAGGUUGACCCAAUGGGCAAGAGAACGAUUGGCGUCUUGACAAAGCUGGAUCUUAUGGACCAUGGCACCAACGCGCUAGACAUUCUUUCUGGACGUGUCUAUCCGCUCAAGCUCGGGUUCGUCGGUGUCGUCAACCGAUCACAGCAGGACAUUCAGGUCAACAAGCCGCUUGCGGACGCGCUGCAAACGGAACGUGACUUCUUCAGACACCAUCCCGCAUAUAGGAACAUUGCGAACAGAUGCGGUACGCAGUACCUGGCAAAGACGCUGAAUUCCACGCUUAUGUCGCACAUCCGCGAGAGGCUACCGGACAUCAAGGCACGAUUGAACACACUUAUGGGUCAGACCCAACAGGAGCUUGCCAGCUAUGGUGAUGCCGCGUUCACGGGCAAGGAGCAUCGUAGCUCUCUGGUUCUGCAACUUAUGACACGAUUCGCCUCGUCUUUCAUCACCUCGAUUGACGGCACUUCCUCCGAGAUUUCGACGAAAGAGCUUUCUGGUGGUGCUAGGAUAUACUACAUCUUCAACUCGGUGUUCGGCAACUCUCUGGAGACUAUCGAUCCAACGCAAAACCUCUCUGUGCUGGACAUCCGUACUGCGAUCCGAAAUUCGACUGGUCCCAGGCCGAGCUUAUUCGUACCCGAGAUGGCCUUUGACCUACUAGUUAAGCCGCAGAUUAAGCUCCUCGAAAUUCCCAGCCAGCGAUGUGUAGAGCUGGUCUACGAGGAACUCAUCAAAAUUUGCCACACCUGUGGAUCCAACGAGCUGAGCAGAUAUCCGAGGUUACAAGCCAAGUUGAUUGAAGUGGUUUCGGAUUUAUUGAGAGAGCGACUUGGACCUGCAUCCUCGUAUGUGGAGUCGCUGAUUGCGAUUCAACGAGCGUACAUCAACACAAACCAUCCGAAUUUCCUCGGUGCAGCAGCAGCUAUGUCAUCUGUCAUCUCUGACAAGCAGGAGCAUGAAAAGCGCAAACAGGCACUGGAAGAGAAGAAGAAGCGCGAGCGGAGACGGUUGAAGGAAUUGAAUGGUGCUAAUGGCGUCGACACGCCAGAGGAAGAAGAAGAGCCAGAACCGGCAAGUGGCCAGUCGACGCUUCCUGUUCGUGGCCACCACCAUCACAAGACUAGUAGGAGUAUGUCUCCAGCUGUCGGGAGAGCUGUCGCGAAUGGGAACAGCAUUGGUGCACAAUUGAGCGGAGCGACGGGUCAGUCGAAUCCCGUGGCUGGUGCGCGCGACAGUUUCCUCAAUUACUUUUUCGGCCAGGAGAAGGGUAUCCCACAGUCUUCAGCACAAGCGCCUGGUCCGUCACAUGUGGCGGACCGGCCAGGCAGCAGACACGUCAGCCAAAACAUCGAGCCCAAUUUUGCGACAAGCUUCAGGAGAGGCGAUACAAAGGUACACGAUCGCGCCAUUCCCGAGAUCACGCAGGACGAUAUGGACAUUGGAAGCUCAGCACGCCACAAUGAGUUCCAGUCACCCAUGCCUUGGGAUGAGCCCGAAGCGCCUGCUCUUACCGAACGUGAAGCCCUGGAGACGGAGCUCAUCCGACGACUCAUCUCAUCAUACUUCAACAUCGUGCGUGAAACCAUUGCAGAUCAGGUGCCCAAGGCAAUCAUGCAUCUGCUCGUCAACCACUCGAAAGAUGUCGUGCAGAACCGACUCGUCAGCGAGUUGUACAAGGAGAACCUGUUCGAGGAGCUACUGUACGAGGAUGACAACAUUAAGGCCGAGCGUGAGAAGUGCGAGAAGCUGCUUGCGACAUACAAGGAGGCUGCCAAGAUUGUCGGUGAGGUCUUGUAAUCUCUCCUUUAUGUGUGCCUUCAACUAUGUAUUACAGGUAAUUGUAUAUUUUUUGUAGCACACUCUUUCCUUGUCUUCGCGUGCUUGCGCUUGGUUGCCAGGCAUGGUGGGUGACGUGCUCGUUCACCGUGUCUUAUCUUUUGUGUAUCUCACUCUCCACGGUUCUCUUCUCGGCUCAGAUCAGGUAUCACAUCAUGGGGGAAGUUCGGGAACGGCUGUGGUUUUGUCAUCUAUGGACGCGCUCUCUUUUUUCUCUCUUUCUCUCUUUCUCUCUUUCCCUCUCCAUUUCUCUUCUCUCUCCUGUGUCCAAGUCACAUCGAGGGACGAGAACCUGUACACAAAGACGGCGUAGAGAUCAUCGUCACUGUCUUUCUGUUGAAUGAAAACAAAGGACGGCACAGAUGGACGGACUGACGGAUGGACUGACAGAAGAGGUGAAUCAAAAAGGGCGUUCUUCAUUGUAGGUAUACGAAUAUUUCAACUCUGACGCAGUGAUCAUGAAACAAUGAGGAGAAGUUUUCUACUGUUCAAAUCGACCUGUACAUCUC